GCGGCGGGAAACGGCGGAGGAGGCGGCAGCUCCGGAACCGGCGGGACCGGGGGCAUCCCGGGGAACGACCCGGGACAUUCGGGACCCGGGACAUCCCGGGGAACAUCCCGGGGCAUUCGGGACCCGGGACAUCCCGGGGAACAUCCCGGGACAUUCGAGACCUGGGACAUCCCGGGGAACAUCCUGGGACAUCCCGGGGAACACCUGGACAUCCCACAGAGCAUCCCGGUCACUCGGAGGUACUGGGACACGCCGUGGAGGAGCAUCCCGGGACACCCCGACAACAAUCCCGUGGCCGAAUUCUUCCCUGUUUUGUUUUCAAAUCUUUAAAAUCUUUCUGCCCCCACCGAGGCCGGGUGGAGCUUACGAUGCGGAGGGGAAGCUGAAGGGAAUGGCUCGCCCUGGAAGGCUCUGCCGAUUCGGGCCCUGUGUCACAGGAGGAAUUGCAAAUCUACAAAGAGACGCUCAUUAAAUUAUUUCUGGGAUAGGAUCCACCAUGCUUCUGUCCCAUCAGGGACUGCUGCUUGAUUUGUGGCUCAGUGUUGCUUUUUUAACAUGGGCUUCUGGAGCUUUUCCUCUGCUAGUGAAGAGUGGAGGGAAGAGAAAAUAUAUUAGUGGGAGGAAAGACAGGUUUGUGAACUGUUGCAUAAAAGAUAGAGGAAUAUUUCAUGUGUCACCAUGUCUGAAGAUGCUUUAUUGGAAGAGGACAUUUGGGACUACAAAUCCAUUAGGAAGAAAAAGCAUCAAAGUAAUUCACAGAGCAUCUCUACUGUGCAGAAAGUAAGUGAUGGCAAGGGCAGGCCAAAAAGAAAGAGAAAUAGGAAGAAGAAAUCCACAGGAAAAACGGAUACACCUCAGAAAACCAAGCAGAGCUCAGGGCCAGGCCAGGAUGUGGAUCACAGUAAAGAAGACAGUAGUGUGCACUCCCAGGAAAGCGCGAGUAGCCUGGCAGAACAGAGCUCACAAAAUGCAAGGCCCGUUCACGAUGGAUUCUGUCCCAGCUGCCAGAUGCCUUUCUCUCUGCUGCUGGUCCAGACGCCUCAGUGGCACGUCUAUGAAUGUUUGGAAACUCCAGGAUCCAUUGAGAAAGAGUGUCCUGAUGGUUUGCUGUGCACCUCCACCAUUCCAUCUCACUACAAGCGUUACAGCCAUUUCCUACUCGCAGCAGACAGGGCAGGGGAGUAUCUUGUAAACCCUUUGGGAACCGCUGUGGAGAUGAAGCUGACAUGUUCUACUGCUGCAAAGCCCAGCUGUUCCUCAAGUUAUGCAGAGGAAACCUCACGGGAUGAGAAACCCUCUGUUGAAAUAAAGCACGUCCCAAAUGAUGAUUGUGCAUCAAUGGUACAGAGUUCACCACAAAUGAAGGCUCUAAGUAAAAUUAGUGGAAGUACUUCCUUUUUUGCAGGUGUUGAAAAACCUCAACAGACAUGUCAGCUUCCACAGACAGCGGACGGUCGUUGUAAAUUUGAAUUUUUUGAUUUUGCAUCCUCUCAAGAAAGCGAAACAGGAAAAGAUCUGUGUCUUGAGAAAGAUACAAGUCAGCCAAGUCUGCUACAGUCAGGAGUGGACUUCAAUGACUGUGAAAUUUCUUACUCUCCACUAAGUACAUUUGAGGAAAGUGAAGAGGAGCAGGAGGAGAAAGUAAAAGUAUCACAGAAUAAAUUAUUCAAAGUGCAGAACUCAGAGGAAGACUCUAACUCUGUGGCGUUUAAAACAUUUGAUAGACUUCUCUUACAGAGGAGGCCUCAGUAUGAGCAUACAAAAAUGGAAAAUUUUGUAGCUAAAAAAACCCUCUGUGAGGGAGAAAAUGCAUUGAAUCAUCUAGAUCCUCAGCAAGGGGUGGUAGCCAGUGGAUCCUCUUUUGCCUCUAGUUACAAGGAGGCUGAACAGCCAGAACUGAGUUCCUCUGCUGCCAGAGCAGGAACCACAGAGUCAGAAGAUGCUGGUGCUUGUGCUCUGGAUUCUGCAUACAUGAAUUUUACUGAGACAUCAUCACUGCUGGACAGAGAAGAUGCUGGAUCUCCUCUGACACAGAGGAGUAAUGUUUUGAGGGAGCCAAGAAACAUUUUAACUCAUUCAGAUAAAAUGACUGCCAGUGCAACUGGAAAAAUAGCUCACCAGGAGAGUUCACAGACAGCAGUGGAGAAAAAAGGAAAUCUUAGUACAGCUGCUGUGAGCUUUCCCAGCCCCAUCUCUUCUACAUCAGUGCCAUCUCUUUCAUUAGCAACUAUGAACACUAAGUCCAGUCCUGCCAAAGAACUUAAACAAAUGGACAUUGGUGUUUUCUUUGGGUUAAAACCCAAAGCAAAGGAGGAACGCAAAGGAGAGGCGUGUUUGAAUGAGAAAAAGCAGAUACCAGGUUCAGUAUCUCCUAAAGGAAAGAGGCCCAGACAGCAAAAAAGGAAGGCUGAGGGGUCUGUGGAAGAUGUGAAAGCAGUUACAGAAAGUCCAAAUAAAAAUGAAGCCAUUGCAGAUGUACCUUCUGGUGGCCAACGAAGGUGGAGAAAAAAAUUUAAAGAAUUACCUACCACAGGUGAAGAACCAAGUAAAAAACACUGCCCCUUCUACAAGAAAAUACCAGGAACUGGUUUUACAGUUGAUGCCUUCCGGUAUGGAGAAAUCGAAGGCUGCACAGCUUAUUUCCUUACCCAUUUUCACUCUGACCACUACUGUGGACUAACAAAAAACUUCAGGUUUCCAAUCUACUGUAAUAAGGUAACUGGCAAUCUGGUGAAGAGCAAACUCCGGGUCCAGGAGCAAUAUGUCCACGUGCUGCCGAUGGACACGCAGUGUGUGGUCAAUGGGAUCAAAGUGCUUUUGCUCGAUGCCAAUCAUUGUCCAGGUGCAGCAAUGAUCCUUUUCUACCUGCCAAGUGGGGCUGUUAUUCUGCACACAGGGGAUUUCAGAGCAGACCCUUCCAUGGAGCGCUAUCCUGCUCUGAUGGGCCAGCAAGUCCACACCCUUUACCUUGACACCACAUACUGCAGCCCUGAGUACACCUUUCCUUCACAACAAGAGGUUAUCCAGUUUGCUGUCAACAUUGCCUUUGAGACGGUCACUUUAAACCCACGAACUCUAGUUGUCUGUGGCACUUACUCCAUUGGGAAAGAAAAGGUUUUCUUAGCAAUUGCUGAAGUUCUGGGCUCAAAAGCAAGUGUGUCCCGUGACAAGUACAAAACCCUGCAGUGCUUGGAGUCAGCAGCUGUUAAUUCCCUCAUCAGUGUGGACUGGAAGGGUACUUUGCUUCAUGUUCUUCCCAUGAUGCAGAUUAAUUUUAAGGGCUUGCAAGAUCACUUGAAUAAAUUUUCUGAGGAUUUUGAUCAUGUUCUGGCUUUCAAACCUACGGGGUGGACCUACUCUGAUUCAUGCCUUUCUCUGGAGGAUAUCAAGCCUCAGACAAGAGGAAAAAUCACUAUAUAUGGGAUUCCUUACAGUGAACACAGCAGUUACCUGGAAAUGAAGCGUUUUGUUCAGUGGCUGAAGCCACAGAAAAUCAUCCCCACUGUAAAUGUUGGUGACUGGAGAGACAGAAGCUUGAUGGAAAUGCAUUUUAGAGACUGGAUGACCGAGGGCAAUAGGCAUAAAUAAAUAUAAGGAAGGAUGUGUAUUUCAAAGGCAGUAGGCUGGAAUGGGAAUUGAGUUCCUGUGAGUGUUAUUUAUCUCUCUUUUCUGCAAAGCUUUCUUUAGGGAGGACUAAACUGCCAUUCUUUGGGGAAAGAAAAAAAAGGCACCUGGUUUUCUUGUGUAACUACCAAAUUUUUUUCCCCCAUAACUUACCAUUUUUGCAAUCUCAUAUUUUGGGUUAUUUUUCUCUUGCUCCUUUUCCCCUGUUCCUCAUUUUCCUCAGGCUGUGGAGAUGCUCAGAUGUGUAAUGCUGGACAUUAAACAAUCCAAGGUACUUUCAGUUAAUUUAAUUUAUCUGUUAAACUAAGUUAUUGUAAUAAAUGAGAGAAUACUAAGCUUAUGUCACAUGCUGUCAACUCAGGCUUCAGGGAAGCUCGUUUCAUGAAGCAGAAGUGGCUAUUGUGUUUUAAAUCUUUUAAAAAAACCUUAACUUGUGAGAAAGUAUUGACUUGGGAUCCUGCAGCUUAUGUACUUUAGACAGUUGUUUACCAAAGACAUUCUUUAUUCCGCUCAAGAUGUUCUGCUUCUUUUUUUUAAGUGAUCUUUUUUAAAAUAAAGAAUUUAUCUUAUGUCU